GGAAGUAGUUAACAGUGCAGGGGGCGUACAUCCUGAUUAUUUGACAACAUUCACCGUAUUUUCUUAUAGAAAACAAUCAUGUAAUAUAUUUUCACAGCGAGCACUGUGUCCAUUACGGAAAAGACUUGUUUGUAGUCGAAGUAGACUAUUUAUUGGAGACAUUAAGGUCAACAGAAGAAAAACAAGAAACCGCUUAUUUGCUGAUGGACGUAUUAUUGUACGUUUUCGUUGUGCCGUCAUAUUGCUAUUUUGCUUCAUCGGUAUGGACACAUAGCUAGCUAACGUGGAGUUUCUGUAAGAUACCGUCGACUUUUUCUAUGUUUAAUAGUGUGUUUUGUGCUCCGAGAGGGAAGUGAGGUCGCACACCCUGCAGGCCUUAAUGUGUGUUUGUGUUUUCCACUUUGAAACAUAAGCAGUGCUUUUGGAUCAGUUUGCUAACAAGUCAGUUAACGAUAAGAGUUUACACAGCACAGACGUUACAAUGAGUUUCUUCAGUUUUGGACAAAGUGCAGAAAUUGAUGUGGUCCUGAAUGACGCUGAAACGAGGAAGAAGGCUGAACACAAGACUGAGGAUGGAAAGAAAGACAAAUACUUUCUUUUCUAUGAUGGCGAGACUGUCAGCGGAAAGGUGAAUGUCACCCUAAAGAACCCCGGGAAGAGGCUGGAGCACCAGGGGAUCAAAAUUGAAUUUGUUGGCCAAAUAGAGCUGUAUUACGACAGAGGAAACCAUCACGAGUUUGUUUCCCUGGUGAAAGAUCUUGCGAGACCGGGUGAAAUAACUCAGUCGCAGACCCUCGACUUUGAGUUCACUCAUGUUGAAAAGCCAUACGAGUCCUACACAGGCCAGAACGUCAAGCUAAGAUAUUUCCUUCGGGCCACGGUGGUCAGAAGACUAAAUGACAUCAGUAAAGAGAUGGACAUUGUGGUCCACACCCUGAGCACUUACCCCGAACUCAACUCCUCCAUUAAAAUGGAAGUUGGAAUUGAGGAUUGUCUCCACAUUGAGUUUGAGUACAACAAAUCCAAGUACCAUCUGAAGGAUGUAAUUGUGGGGAAAAUCUAUUUCCUGCUGGUGAGGAUUAAGAUUAAGCACAUGGAGAUUGACAUUAUCAAACGUGAGACGACAGGCACCGGCCCAAGUGUAUACCAUGAAAACGACACCAUCGCCAAGUACGAGAUCAUGGACGGCGCUCCAGUCAGGGGAGAGUCCAUUCCCAUCCGGUUAUUUCUCGCUGGUUAUGAUCUGACUCCCACCAUGCGAGACAUCAACAAGAAGUUCUCUGUGCGCUACUACCUGAACCUGGUGCUGAUCGACGAGGAGGAGAGACGCUACUUCAAACAGCAGGAAAUCACGCUGUGGAGGAAAGGCGACGUGGUGAGGAAGAGCAUGUCUCAUCAGGCAGCCAUCGCCUCGCAGAGGUUCGAGGGCUCGGCUGCUUCAGAGAGCGCUUUGGAACAGGCUGCAAGGGAGGAGAGCGGGUAGAGGAGGGCCGCAGCCCUCCCGUCUCCUCUCACAAGACUCCUCAUCGUCUGCGUCGGAGGUGCCCGUCAACUGUACAACAUCUGGUGAAGCAGCUGUUUUUAUUUGUAGCCGCUACUGGUGAAAGGAGCAAGAAGGGAGACCGACAUACAGUAAUACAUAACAGUAUGUGAACAAUGAAACAGUGUGCAUGAGGCAUUCAAAGUGGCUUCAGGCUGCUGGUCUGGUCCUCAUUAAUGCGUUUUUCUUUUCUUUACGGGAAUCAAACUAAUCACCUGUCGCGAUGUCCACUGUGUUAAAACCUCUCAUGUGAUUUUCUUAACAUUUUUAAGCCUUUGGUUAAUGCUUUUUUGGGAUGAAUUAAUUUCUAAUCUCUUAACGCAACUGAAUUGAUGACACGAAUUUUCAUAAACGUGUCUCCAACAUUCCACCUUUAACGAAUGCAUUCCUAACACUGUUAUAAGGUCAAGAAGUCUGAGAUAACUUUGCACUGCUUUAUCUUGCUGAACACAUUUUUCUCUUUGUUUUGUGUGUGUGUUUGCACACAAAAAAAUAACGGAAGCAGAAACUUUCCUUUUUGAGCGAGAGGGUUGAAAUAUUAUCCCACACAUUUGUUAUGUUUUGAUCUGUAAAUAAGACCAGCUAAAACCUUUUGUCCUGUUCCAGCUUGUGUACAUUGAUUAUACAGUACACGGUGCCACACAAUGAUCUUUCAUGCUUUGCCUUGGCGUUCCAGUGGUGUUAGGAAAGGGUGUUUGUAUUAAGGUCUGAUAGUAUGAAGUCCUCUGUAUCCUCUUCAUUAGAGACUUGAAAGUUGUGCCUAAGUGUAUCGAGCAAGUGGAAUCCUCCUGCCUCUAUAACAUAAUUUUAGUCUUUUAACCAGAGAAAAAGUUACAUUAGAACUAUCUAUCUUUUGCAAAAUGCUAAUUAAUUAUUCCUUGUCCCCGAAAGUCAAAUAAAUGGAUGCCAAAUGGG